AUGGCUCGUGGCAACCAGCGCGACAAAGCCCGUGAAAAGAACUUGGCUAAGCAGGCUAGCAUGAAAAACGGCAACGACAAAUCGGGCAGCGAACUCGCCAAAGCGAAGGAAUCAGCAGCGGAGAUCAUGAGGAAGAAGCAGGCGGCGGCGGAUGCGAAGAAGGCUGAGGGGGGUGCGAAGAAGUAG